GGCCUCUUGGCACUCCUCCGAACAGCUGCUGGGCCCUGGAACCCAGCCUCCGAGGCAGCCGCUGCCGGGAGCUAGCAGAGACUCCCACAGUUAUUCCUGGAAUGAGGAACCAAGAGGAGGCCAAGUUUGGAGCCCUGCUGCUGCCCGACGGGUGUCUCCCAAGGCCAAGUGCCCCUGCGAUGGCAGUCCCUUGCCAGGCAGACACGGAGCUCCGGGACCUGGAUGAGGAGCAGCUCUGGGAGAUUCUGGAGAGCCAUCGCUACCGGAUCGUGCGCAGCACCUGCCCGAACCGGCUCACCCCCUACCUGCGCCAGGCCAAGGUCCUGGACCAGCUGGACGAGGAGGAGGUUCUGCAUGGCCCCCAGUUCACCAACAGCGCCAUGAGAGUGGGCCACAUGUUGGAUCUUCUGAAAACCCGGGGGAAGAACGGAGCCCUGGCCUUCCUGGAAAGCCUGAAACUUCACAACCCCGACACCUACACCCUGAUAACUGGCCUGGAGCCCUCCAUCGACCUCAACAACUUCAGUGGCCUGAUCGAGACCUCCAAGCUGACCGAGUGCCUGGCGAAGGCCGUGAACAGCUUGCAGGAGGAGCUGACCCAGGAGAAGCACCAGAAGGCGUCUCUGCUGCACCACUGCCGCCAGCUGAAGGACCGCGUGUCCCAGCUGGAGGCCCAGAACAAGUGUCUGCGGGGCAUCGAGGCCGAGCACAACCGCAUGAAGAGGGAGGUCAGCUCCCACUUCCACGAGAUGCUGAAGCUGAAGGAUGAGAUGUACAACCUGUCCAUGCACUACACCAACGCCCUGCAGGAGAAGGACCUGGCCAUCACGCGGAGCCAGGGCCUGCAAGAGGAGCUGUAUCUGAUGAAGCAGGAGCUGCAGCGAGCCAGGGUGGAGACCUACUACGAGAGGGAGAGGUCCCUGCGCAUGCCCAGCGACCCGCAGUCACAGGCGGAUGAGCUGCUGCAGCUGAGGGAGGAAAACGAGAAGCUCCGGUCACUGGUGGAGCUGGAGACUUUCAGCCUGGUGCAGAAGGAUAUCCUGGAGCAGAACCUGGAUGAGGCUCUGGAGGGCAAACAGGAGCUCCUCAAUCGAAUCCACUCGCUGAGGGAGCAGGCAGUGAUCGCUGAGAAUCAGCGCAAGCAGUACUGGGAGGAGAAGGAGCACACCCUGAUUGAGUGCCACAAAAUGAAGGUGGAUUGUGAGAUCUACAAGGAGAAAAUCAGUGCCUUGCAGGGGCAAGUGGCCGAGCUGCAGAAGGAGCGAGAUCAGGCAUACUGCGCGAGGGACGCGGCCCAGCUGGAGAUCUCCCAGAACCUGCUGGAGAAGGAUUCCCUCCGCAGGAAAGUGUUUGAGCUGACGGAGCAGAUCUGUGAGCUGAGGAAGCAGGCCAGUCAGCAGCAGGCGGAGCUGGACAGCAGGGUGCACGAGGUGAGAGGCUGGGGAGCUCUUUGUGCUGUGAAAUCCAGCUGGUCCUGUGCCCAGCCCAGAGGCCAGAUCACGGCUUUUUGGCCACCAGCCAAGACCCCCCCAAGUGAUGGGAAUCUGAGAGCAAAGGGCACAAGCUGGGAUCCCCGUGUCAGCCCGUCUGGUAACACCUGUCCCGCACCCUCUUCCCGCGUGGGAGUGCGGCCCUCAUGGGCGGUGAAGGGGGAAGGUCUCGCUAGCCUGGAGCCGGGGGAGCAGUGGCCAAAGAGGAAACAGCGGCUGGUGCGCAUGCAUGCCAUCUGCCCCGGGGACGAGAACCAGGGCGGCCUCAGCGUGUCCAAGCUGUGCUCAGAUUUCUGCGUGAGGACGAGCCACGAGCUGCCAGAGAGCUUCCGAUCGUGCAGCCCUGUCCCGCCCUGUAAGCUCUCCCUGCAGAAGAGAGCCACGCAGGAGUGCCUGGAGAGCUCCCUCUCCACGAGCAGCUCCCAGGAGUUCCUGGAGGUGGAUUUCAGUCUCAUUGCAGGGGAGAAGGCGGAGUCGUCCGACUUGGAGUAUGAGAUGGUGGAGAAGGACGAGGGCAAUGCCCAGCUGCUCGACUUAGACCCGUCUGCCUCUGAGAGCACGCCCAUUCGCCGGCGGCCCGCACGGCGCAUCCUGAGCCGCAUCACCACCAUUGCCUUCCACGGCACUGCCCUGCUGGAGCAGAUCAGCAUCAUCGGGGGCAACCAGACGGGCAUCUUCAUUCACAGGGUCACUCCCGGCUCCGUGGCCGACGAGAUGUCUCUGUCCCCAGGCAAUCAGAUCAUGGUGGUGGAUUAUGAAGUCACAGACCCAGCAUUCAAGGCCAUCCUGGAAGAUGCAACCCUGGAGGAGGCGCUUUGGGUCCUGAAGAGGGUGAAUGGCUUCUGCUGCCUGUCAGUCAGAAUGAACAUGGAGGGUUACAAGAGGCUGGUGAGUGACCUAGAGAACAAGGUGGUGACCUCGGGUGACUCAUUCUACAUCCGGGCCAACCUGGCCCUGGAAGGGAAGGCAGCGGGGGAGCUGCCGGUGCAGUGCAAUGACAUCCUCCACGUCACGGACACCAUGUUCUUUGGCGAGAGCCAGUGGAGUGCCUGCCGGGUGAAUCCCUACAGCAUGAAGGACAUGGAUGCAGGCAUCGUCCCCAACUACUACCAGGCUCAGCAACGGCUCAUCGGCCUUAUCCAGGACAUGGCCCAGCAGACCACAUCUGCUCGGAAGUCUUCAGGGGGGCAGCCAAAGCUGGUGCGGAUCAUCAGCACAGACAAGAGCAAGAUCAACCCUCUGUGGUCGUCCAUCGAGUGUAACGUCUACGAUCCCAACAAGGCGGACGCCUGCCCCCGGCUCUGCCUGCAGGCAGGGAGCUGCUUCACGCUGAUGCCAUACACGCUGGUGAGACCCCACAAGCUGGCCCAGCUGCGCCCGGUUCUCUUUGUGCCCACGCUGCUGGGGAAGAUCCUGAGCGACAAGCUGUGCCUCACCAAGGGCUUUGAGAAAUGCCCGUCAGGACUCCUGUGUGAGGCUGAAUGCACGGCCCAGAACAGAAGCUUGGUCCAGGAACAGCGGGAGCCGGACAGCCGCUGCUGUGUCACAUGCCAGGCGCUUCAGCUGCUGCUGGAGAAGGACGUGCACAGCCUGCUGGACGUGGGGCUGGAGUGCGUGCAAGCCCUGCACGCCGCGGGGAUCUAUCCCAUCCUCCUCCUCAUCUCCAUCAGCGAGAAGAAUGCCAAGAAGCUCAAGAAGGCACUGCAGCGUCUCGGAGCCACAGAGGAGCAGCUUCUGGACUGUGUGCGGAGAGAGGAGGCCCAGCUGGAGAAAGUGCCCUGCCUGUACGGCACCAUCGCCCCCAACACCUGGAGCGACCUGGAUGCGCUUGUCAGCGCCGUGCGAGCAGCCGUCGCCAACGAGCAGAAGAAGAUCGUGUGGAUAGAACAAGAUCGUCACUGAUCUCCCUGGACACAGGGUGGGGCAGGGGGAACCGUCACCUUGGCAACUCUGCAAAUGUCACCUAUUUAAACCAAGAGUUUGGUUUGGGGUGUGGGGAGGGAGAGGUUUGAAAGACCCUCUUACCUCAAGGGUUAAUGGACUUCGCAGUGCUGGGUGAGCCCCCUACCUGCCCAGCUGGCCUCUGCCCUGUUGGCAGAGAAACACAGUAACUCUAGUUCAGGGAGAGAGGCUGGUUUUAAUGCCACCCCUGUCAUGGUGUGAAAGGGCGGCUGGCUGGGGUGAGCCGGGGCUGCCUUUGAACAGUGUCCCUGGUGCCAGGGCGGGUCCCCGGGGUGGGCAGGGCACCUCUGCCUGGUGCCUGGGCCACCUCCACCUGUUCUCCCAGCCUGGCACUAGCUGCUCGGAAGUGCAGUCGCCAGCCCGCCUGCACAGGGAGGGAACAGCAACUCCAGUAGGCCUUGCUGUGUCCCCUGCCACGCAGGCUCCUCCCUGGUUAGCUGCCCCCACGGGUCUGCCUCGUUGUACUGGGUAUCCCAGCUCCCUCGGGAUCUCUGAGCACCCUGCUCCCACAGCCCUGGGGAGAGCAGGGAGCCAGGACUGAACAGGACGUGCUCGUUCCAGGGACUGCCAAUUCUGUAGUUUGCUAAAUUAAACCGUGUUGUUACUGACA